AUGGCAGCAAUGAUCAUCCUUGGCUUUCAAAACUGCUCCACCUUCAUCUUCCUCUGCCUCUUGACAGUCAUUUGUUACUAUCUUUUCUUCAAGAAACCAAACGGCUCAAGACGUGGCUUUGACCUACCUCCGAGCCCUCCUUCUCUCCCAAUCAUUGGUCAUCUUCACCUUCUCCUCUCUACUCUUACCCACAAGUCUCUUCAGAAACUCUCAUCCAAGUAUGGACCUCUCCUCCAUCUCCGCAUCUUCAACAUACCCAUUGUCCUCAUAUCCUCCGCCUCCAUGGCUCACGAGAUCUUUAAGAAUCAGGACGAGAACAUCUCCUCUCGUGGUCCCGCUCCCAUCGAUGAUUCUCUUUUUGCCGGAUCUUCAAGCGUCAUCUCCUCUUCCUAUGGAGAUCACUGGAAGUUCAUGAAGAAGCUCAUGGUCACAAAGCUUCUCGGAGUACAGGCACUCGAGCGGUCAAGAGACGUUCGUGCAGAUGAGCUAGAGCGGUUUUAUACAAGCCUGCUCGAUAAGGCGAUGAAGGAGGAGCCAGUUGAGAUUGGUAAAGAAGCGGUGAAGUUCGUUAACAACAGCAUUUGCAAGAUGAUCAUGGGGAGGAGCUGUUCAGAGGAGAACGGUGAGGCAGAGAGACUCAGGGCUUUGGCUACCAAAUCUCUUUCCUUGGGAAAGAAGAUUGUAUUGGGAUCCGUGUUUAAGAAGCUCGGAAUCUCACUGUUCAAAGAGGAGAUAAUGACUGUUUCCAACAGAUUAAAUGAGAUGUUCGAAAGGUUUCUUGUGGAACACGAAAAGAAAAGGGACAUGCAUCAAGAAACGGACUUGAUGAUCGGCACGUUGUUGGCAGCUUAUGGAGACGAUGACACAGAGUACAAGAUCACUAGAAACCAUAUCAAGACGAUGUUGGCGGAUCUUUUAUUUGCAGGCACGGAUACCUCGGCCCAAGCAAUACAGUGGGCAAUGGCGGAGAUGAUUAACAACCCUAACAUUCUCGAGAGAUUGAGAGGAGAAAUCGAUUCUGUGAUAGGGGAAACAAGGUUGGUUCAAGAAACCGAUCUACCAAAUCUGCCAUAUCUGCAAGCGGUGGUUAAGGAAGUACUAAGACUGCACCCGCCGGGAACUGUCUUGGGAAGGAUCUCCCAGAAAGGGUUUAGGAUGGUAGGGUUUGACGUACCGGAGGAGACACCACUUGUUGUUAAUCUUUAUGCUAUAAUGAGAGAUCCAGAUUACUGGGAAGAUCCAGAGGAGUUUAAGCCAGAUAGAUUUCUUCUAGCUUCUUCAAGAACAAGGGAAGAGGAGGAGAGAAGAGAGGAAGCAUUCAAGUACAUUCCUUUUGGUAGUGGAAGGAGAGGCUGUCCUGGAGCAAAUUUAGCUUAUGUCUUUCUAGGAGCUGGUAUUGGGAUGAUGGUGCAGGGAUUUGAGUGGAGAAACAAAGGAGAUGAGAAGAUUAACAUGGAAGAGGCUGUUAUAGGACUGAGUUUGACCAUGGCUCAUCCUCCUAAGCUCACCCCUGUUGUUCGAACAACAAACCCCUUAUCAUUGAAUCAGAGUUCGUGA